AUGAACUGGGCCUCCGCCCAGGAAGAAGGCUUAGGAGAAGCUGGGGCAGGACGAGGAAGAGGGUGGCUGCAGAAGAAGCUGGGCGGCGGCCGGGCCGGGACAAGGCCGGGUUGCCAGAGGGCAGACCCCGGCGGCCAGUGGGCCGCAGGGCAGACAGGAGGGGCGCAAGGACUGAAACCAGGUAAAGGAGCUCGAGGCUUUGGACGGGGAGCCCUGAUCCGCCUGCAGGUCUGGCCGGCCGCCCGCGGGGGCUGUGAGCACCUGCAGCACUGUGAAAGUUGUGUGGGGGCACCCCCGGAGCACAACCUCUCGGGCUGCGUGUGGGAGCAGUGUCCGCCAGAGGAGCCAGGACACUGCGUGGCGGGAGCGGAGGUGCUCAAGGAAGCCUGCACUGUCUACAGCCGCUCAGAGCUGUGUCCAGCUGCCCAUCACCCCACCUACGAGCCAGAGGCGGUCACGACAGGGAGCCCGCUGGUCCCCGAGGCUCACAGCCCUGGCUUCCAUGGGGCCAGCUUCAUUGGGGGCGUGGUGCUGGUGUUGAGCCUGCAGACUGCCGCCUUCCUCACGCUGCGCUUCCUCAGGGCGAAGGACAGCACCUACCAGACGCUGGAGGAGAGCCAGUAGGUGACGGCGCCUUGGGCAGCAGCUCUAUGGCCGUGUGGUUUGGUGCUCCUCCCUGGCGUGCUGACCCGUGUGUGCAAGCUGGGGUGGGAGCCUCGCACCUGCUGCCUGCUCACCGGAGGUGGGUCCUUGACCAGCAGAAGUGGGGCCACCUCCCAGGAUCCUCUCUGGCCUCUGUAGGGCCUGACCGCAGGGAGGCUGGAGCUGCCCCUUGUGGGCCCUGGGGUGGGAAAACUUUGGCCACUUUCUGACCUCCGUGGGUACUGAACCCGAAGCCUGACACCCCUUCUGUCUGGGACCUGGCCCUCAGCUGACUGUCUCUCUAUCACAUCACGUCUCAUCCUUUCUCUCGGCUGGUUCUGCUCACCCCUCCAGCCCAGCUGGUUCUGUCCCUAAUAAAGGCCCCCCCAGCAGCCUGCUCCAUGCCUGUGUCCUGGGUCGUGUGCCGAGAGGGGCAAAGGGGCCACUCCUCUCUG